AUCGUCGGACUCAUUCUACACAAUUGAACUAUGUUGAAAUCGUUUGUCAUCUUGUUUGCCUUCCUGGCCUCCGCAUCCGCCACCGCUUCGCAUUACUAUGUAACCAACAACAACACCGGACUCACGUGCAUCAUCCUCGACGGAGACUUCCAGUUCAAUUUGGUCUUCAACGAGAAGAACACCACCGAGAAGUUCACGGUCACAUUCAACGAGACAGUCAGUGUCGAAGGAGAUUGCAACGGAGUCCGCAACAAUCAAUCGGUUCAGACGUUGAAUAUUAAGUUCAACCCUGAAGGACAAUCUGCCCGUUACGCCAAAGAGUGGGAGCUCGAUAUCGUGUUCGGAUCAUCUAGCAACGUCGCCUUUGAGAUCAUUGACUACACCCUCACCACUCAGAGAACGGAUCUUGUCCCAUACUUUGGAAAGUUUGUCAGAGACGCCAAUGCUGCCGGAGAUGUUACAGCAACUCAGACCAACGCUUACAAGUGCUCCACCGCCAAGCUUGGACUCGUCGGAGGAUCUACCAUUGACAUCAAGACAUCCAACGUGAUUGCAUUUGCACAGAUGAACGGCACCGUUUUCCCAACUGACCAAGUCUACGAGGUGUGCUAUUUGGAUGCUCGCACCAACGAAGUUGUCCCAAUCGUCGUCGGAGCCUGCCUCGCGGCUCUCGUCGUGGUUGUGCUCGUCGGAUACCUUAUCGGACGUGCUCGUGCAAAGAGACAAGGAUAUGCCAGCGUCUAAAUCUUUGCUAUUGUUGUGAAACUGUUCUUAUCAUCAUUCAAUCAAAAUAUUAUCAAUAGCCUUGUUCAUGCUCAGAAUCUGAUGAUUCUUUGUUUCCAUUUCCUCUGUUGCAAUGUUGUGCAAUCAUCCAACAUUUCCUCUUUUACUUAUCUCAGUUCUAUUUCAUUUUUCUGAUAUUCUCUUCCAUUUUUCAAACGAGUAGUACCUCACGUGGUAGUAGAACACUGUUUCUAAGCCCGUACGAUGACUUUACGUUUAAUAUCCUUCAUCCCUUGUUUCAAAUAAAGUCCCUCUCCAACC